AUGACCGCUGUUCCUGGUCCAUUAACGAAGAAAAUCAGGGUCACUGUCGUCGCUGCCGAUGGGCUCUCGAAGCGCGAUGUUUUCCGUCUCCCGGACCCCUUUGCUGUCAUCACAGUAGACGGAGAGCAAACCAAUACGACUAGUGUUAUAAAAAAGACUCUGAAUCCCUACUGGAACGAGAGUUUUGAUAUAACCGUCAAGGAUUCAUCAGUUGUUGCUGUCCAGGUGUUUGACCAGAAAAAGUUCAAGCGAAAAGAUCAAGGAUUCUUGGGUGUUGUUAAUGUUCGGGUCAGCGACGUUCUUGAUUUAGAUCUGGGCGGUCAUGAGAUGCUGACUCUGGAUCUCAAAAAGUCGAAUGAUAACCUAGUUGUUCAUGGAAAGCUCAUCAUGUAUUUAUCAACCAAUGUCGCCCAGCCCAUAUCCAACCCAGGCCCAUCACAGUCUUCUGGGGUUACUGCAGCGUUAUCUGAAAUGGCACUAGGAAGCACUUCUCCUAGUGCAAGCACAGCCAAUCUCACAGUGAACAAUUCAGUUGCCGGUUCAGCACUUUCAAGAUCAGGCAGUUCUCACGCCACAGCAACUGAUGGUGCUGGUCCAUCCACGACUAUUUCGAACGGGACUUCUUCAGCCACUGUCACUGCCGAAGGCCAACAGGGAGCUAGUUCACGGCCAGUCAGCAUGACCGCUUCCAGUACUACAUCUGCUCCUACUCCAGCAGCAGCAGGCGGAUCAGGUACAGCGGCAUCAACUACCUCUCCCUCUACAAGUAAUCAGCAGCAAAGCGCUCAAAUGCGCAACUUCAACCCCAAUGUCGAUCAAUAUGGCGCUCUUCCUCCUGGUUGGGAGAGACGUAUUGACCCUCUUGGCCGGACGUAUUACGUUGAUCACAAUACUCGCACUACUACGUGGAAUCGGCCGUCGGCUAGUGCUGCGGUGAACAAUUCCACACAAGAUAACGAAACGAAUGCUGCCCGUGACCAGCAUUCACGACGCAUCUUGGUUGAUGACGUCCUUGAAGCCAGUAACCCUAACUAUCGUUCGAGCAAUGUACCGGCUGCCACUUCUGCGACAACCACACCUCAACCUGAGCAGCCCGCUGCAAUCACCACGAGUACAGCCACAACGGCCGGAUCAGGAAGUCUACCUAAUGGAUGGGAAGAGCGUUACACACCUGAAGGACGACCGUACUAUGUCGAUCACAACACUCGCACUACAACCUGGGUGGACCCACGACGACAGACCAUCAUUCGUGUUAUGGGUCCCAAUGGACAAGGCUCAGGACUUCAACCACAAACUAUCUCUCAAUUAGGUCCUUUACCUUCGGGAUGGGAGAUGCGCCUCACGUCUACUGCCAGGGUGUACUUCGUGGAUCACAAUACAAAGACGACUACCUGGGACGACCCUCGUUUGCCAUCAACUUUAGAUUCAAAUGUGCCGCAGUACAAGCGUGAUUUCAGAAGGAAGCUUAUCUACUUCAGAAGUCAACCUGCUAUGCGUGCUCAGCCAGGAAACUGCCAAAUCAAGAUCAGGCGAAACCACAUCUUCGAGGACAGUUACGCGGAAAUUAUGAGGCAGACUCCCAAUGACCUUAAGAAACGUUUGAUGAUCAAGUUCGAUGGAGAAGAUGGUCUGGAUUACGGUGGUUUGUCAAGAGAAUUCUUCUUCCUGCUGUCUCACGAGAUGUUCAAUCCAUUCUAUUGCCUCUUUGAGUACUCUGCGCAUGACAACUACACUCUUCAAAUCAACCCAGCGUCAGGCGUCAACCCCGAGCAUUUGAAUUACUUCAAGUUCAUUGGCAGAUGUCUUGGCCUCGGUAUUUUCCAUCGCAGGUUCUUGGACGCUUACUUCAUCGUCAGCUUUUACAAGAUGAUCCUGAAGAAAAAGGUUACCCUGUCAGAUUUGGAGAGCGUUGAUGUGGAGUUACACCGCGGAAUGACAUGGAUGCUUGAGAAUGAUAUUACUGACAUCAUCGACGAAACAUUCACAACCACCGAGGAACGCUUUGGCGAGAUGGUAACCGUUGAACUCAUACCUGGCGGUGCAGACAUCCCCGUUACAGAGGAAAACAAGAAAGAAUAUGUGGAGAGCGUUGUGGAAUACCGUAUUUCCAAGCGGGUGAAGGAACAAUUCGAGGCUUUCAUGUCAGGAUUCAGUGAACUCAUUCCUCAAGAUCUGAUAACUGUGUUUGACGAACGAGAGCUCGAGUUGCUCAUUGGUGGCAUGUCUGAGAUCGAUGUUGAUGACUGGACCAAGUUCACAGAUUACAGAGGUUAUGAAAUGAAUGAUGAGGUCAUCCAAUGGUUCUGGAAAUGUGUCCGCAGUUGGCCACCGGAGCGCAAAUCGCGCCUGCUGCAAUUCGCUACCGGUACAUCGCGAAUUCCUGUUAACGGGUUCAAAGAUCUACAAGGAUCCGAUGGCCCAAGAAGAUUUACCAUUGAAAAGUCGGGCGAUCCAUCUCAGUUACCCAAGAGUCAUACUUGCUUCAAUCGCAUUGAUCUUCCGCCUUACAAGGAUUAUGCAAGCUUGGAACACAAGUUGACCCUGGCUGUCGAGGAAACCGUUGGCUUCGGACAGGAAUAA